AUGGCAUACAGCAACGCAACCAACGAAAAGUCCGUGGCUGCGACGUUCCAACACCCCUCUUCUCUCGGGUUUCAACUUUUCUUCUCCUUUGAUUACGCUGGAAACGGUCCGUGGCACAAGAGCGACGUGGAGUCUCUCAUCAACAGCUACGCAGGCUCAGGCGCCUACUUUCACUACAAAGGCAAGCCUUUUGUAUCAACGUUUGAGGGCCCGGACCAAGCAGAAGACUGGAUCGACAUCAAGACAGCCACAGGCUGUUUCUUUAUUCCCGACUGGUCCUCUCUCGGCGCGAAGCCUGCCAUGGCCAAGGCCGGUGGUGUUGCUGACGGUCUUUUCAACUGGGCGGCCUGGCCCUGGGGGGACCAAGACAUGGAUACCUAUGUUGAUGCCUCUUACAAGGACUACCUUGGAGGGAAGCCAUAUAUGAUGCCUGCCUCGCCCUGGUUCUACACAAACCUGCCGGGAUACAACAAGAACUGGAUGUGGCGCGGCGAUGACCUCUGGUUCGAGCGCUGGCAGGAGAUUCUUUGGUGGAGACCUGAGUUUGUGGAGAUCAUCUCUUGGAACGACUAUGGCGAAUCCCACCACAUCGGCCCAGUGAGAGACAAGGCCCUAGAGGCCUUCACCAUCGGAAAAGCUCCCUUCAACUUUGUGCUACCUCACGACGGCUGGCGCGAGACAUUGCCCUUUUCCAUCGACAUGUACAAGCACAACACCACCAUUGUGGAUUCAGAACGGCUUGUGGCCUGGUACCGGCCGAACCCAUCGACAAGCUGCAAUGACGGUGGGACGUCAGGCAACACAGCGUCCCAGCUUCAGCUCGAGUUCCACCCAUGGAACGUUGCCAAGGACGCGGUAUACUUCACGGCCCUGCUCGCGUCGUCUGCUACGAUCGAAGUGACGGUUGGCGGCGUGACGCAAAAGGCGUCCUGGUCGACGAUCCCAGAAGGCGGCGUCGGCCUCUACCAUGGCAACGCCUGGUACUAUGACUCGACGGGAGACGUGCGCGUGCGAGUGAUCCGCGGUGGCUCGGUCGUCACCGAGAUCGCAGGCACCGCCAUCACGACCGACUGCAGCAAGACCAACGGCUACACCAACUGGAACGCCUGGGUGGGCAGUGCCGUUUCUCCCAAAGCUGUGUCCGCGAAGCCGAACUCCAGGACAGAUCAGGUGUGCGUGGAGGGCACCGGACCGCUUCCUGGCUUUGCGAGACUCUGUGAGUUCACUUGCGGCUAUGGAUAUUGCCCAUCCGGAGCCUGUCACUGCACCAAGCUCGGCGCCCAGGUCGAGAGGCCGACAUGGAAGGGCGUCGACGCUUUUCCUGCCGCCGGGAAGACCAGCGACUACCAGGGUCUCUGUCAGAACGCAUGCAACUGGGGUUUCUGCCCUUCUGCGUACUGUGACACUACGCAGCAUCCCACCGUCAUCUCCACCGUCUCGCAGUUCCUGCCCGGAACCUGCACUCGAGGCGAGGCCAUGAGCACGUCUCCUUACUUUGACGAUCUCUGCGCCUUCUCGUGUGCUCACGGGUUCUGUCCCAUCGCCGUGUGCUACUGCUCUGCCCAAGGCGCCCUGGACCUGCUGGAACCCACGAGCUCUAGCGAUGCGAGAACCCUCGAUGGGGCGCCCGAAGACCAUGGUCUCUGCGCCUUUGCCUGUGCCCGUGGAAACUGUCCUGGUUUGUGCACCUCUGGCGACGUAACAGACCCGUGGGAGGCAGGGUACUACCCGCCGGACUACGAUGUCGAGGAGGAUGAGAUCUAUCCCAGUGCCAUGGCUUCCUUCGCCACUUGCAACCCGGACACGCGUCCCGCAACGCUGGAUGACCUGAUUGACGGGAUCAGCAAGGGUAGCUAUAACCCGGAUUGUUAUGACCGCUGGGCACUUCGUGUCCUUUCCGAUUCGCUUGACAAUUUCCAGUCUGAGUACCAGAACGCGCUCAAAGGCUACGAUGACCUUUUCGGAUAUUACGCCGAGUACGUGGAGGACAGCAUCAACCCUCAACUGACGGCGUACAUGUCCUUGGACGGCGGUGCAGGCAACAAGUUCUUCACAUGUACCUGGACGAUCACGACCAAGACGAAGAGUGGACCAUGCCCCCCGUCCGAGCAGUUCUGGAAGCUCGGGCAGUCCUGGACGCUCACUUACACACUCAUUGAUGCAGAGGGGUUUUACGAGGCCGUAGAACGGGACCUCGGCAUCGAGAAAGACUGGAUAUCCUUUGGCGAGUGGCAGCAAAGGAAAGAUAGCGAGUGUAUUGACCCGCCAGACUGGCGCCCCAGAACUACUAAAACGCCGUGCCGGCAGAUGCGGCUCUACAAGAAGGGCAUACCGGUGAAGAGCGGCAACGUCAAGGUGUCAGACCCAAAAGACGUCAUCGAGGCUGCGAUGCCCAACAUUGAAACGCUGUCGAGCCGGUUGCUGGGCGCCUACGCCAUUGUCGUCAUGGGCUACGCCGACGACUCGAGCGACAUCGUCACUGCAGCGGCGAUGCCUGUCUUCAUGCUGGAAGGGGUUAUUGACAGCAUGAACCAGAUCAAGAAGAUUGGUGCAGAGCAGCGGGAACUCGACAAAAAGCGUCUGAUCCUCGAGAUUCUCUCCAUCGUCCUGCUCGUGCUCCCCAUCGCUGGCGAGCUUGUGAGUGCCGCCUUCGGAGGCGCGGCAGUGGUGGCUCGCAUGGCCUUACUCAUUGGCGAGGUUGGCAACGCUGCUCUCACGAUCGAGAGCAUCGUGAACGACCCGGUCUCGGCACCUUUUGCCAUCAUGGCGCUGCUCGUUGGACCGUAUGGGGGUGCCUCUGAGCGCACUUCGGCUCAAGGGUUUAAAGAAGCGGCAGCGGCGAGAAGAGCCUUGGCUUCUGAUAAGCUUGCCCUGUUUGGUGACAGGUUCGUGGAGCAGGAUGCCAGAAUCCAAAAGAUUGUCAAUGCAUGUAGAUAA